CCCCAGACCCAAACUGUGACAUCCCACUACUGAGACCCCAGACUCAAAUCCCAACAUGAGACCCUCCAUUCCCAGAGCCCCCCGCUGCCCCCGCCCCGCUCUGGGGUCCCAGGGGAUUUUUGGGGCGGGGUCCCGGGGCAUUUUUGGGGCGUGCCCCCCCCCCCAUUUCCUCCUCCCGGGGCACUGGGGCGAAUCUCCUGCCGAGCUGAUGGCGGCCGCUCCCCAAAUCCGGGGGGCUCCCCCAAAACAGGGGGUCCCGAGCCCCCUCCUCAUCCUCAGCCUCCUCCUCCUCCUCCCAGGCUGCACGGCCCGGACCCCCCCGCCCUCCUCGGUUCCCCCGCCCAGCUCGGAGCCCCCCACCCCUCUGUCGGUGCCCACCAGCCCCGGCUCGGGCCCCUCGUGCGGCUCCUGGGGAGGGGUCCGCGUGCUGCCGGGACCCCCGUCCCGCUCCGCGCCGCUGGGCUCGCCGCUGGCCAUCGAGUGCCGCUUCGAGCCGGCGCACGCCGAGGUCACCUGGCUGCAGGUGUGUCCCCGGCGCUACCUGGGCGACACGUGGGGCUGCAGCUGGCCGCAGGAGGUGGCGGCCGAGGGCGGGGGUCGCCAGGUGAGCCGCAACGAGUCGGGGGUCUCCCGGCUGAGCUUCCCGCAGCUGCGGCGCGACCACGGCGGGCUCUACUUCUGCCGGGUGCGGCUGGGGCAGGCGGCCGCGCAGUCCUGCGGCACGUUCGUCCGGGUGCUGGAGCCGGUGCCGGUGCCGCUGCUGGAUGUGGGAGACGCCGCCAAGAACAGGAUCCUGGCGGCGCAGGGCGCGCUGCUGCUGCUCUGCGCCGCGGGGCCGGGGCUGCUGCUGCUCUUCAGGAAGCGCUGGGCCAACGAGCGGCUCCUCCAGCCCAAGAAAAUCUCCCUGGAGGAGGAAAACCUUUACGAGGGGCUGAACCUGGACGAGUGCUCCAUGUACGAGGACAUUUCCCGGGGGCUGCAGCCCACCUACCAGGACGUGGGGACCCCCCCUGCCGCCGAAGGACUCCUGGAGAAGCCUUGAAGACCCCCCCCCCUCCAAAUAAGGGGGGGGGGUCUCACAGGACCCCCUCCCCAAAACCCUGCGUGGCCCCCCAGAGGCUUUGCUUUGGUGACUCAAGGCAGCGCUGACGGCGAAAUAAAACGAAAAUAAAGCUGGUGAGGGUCUGGGUACUGGGGGACCCCCCGCCCCCUCACCUGCAGCCGGCAAACCGCUAAUA